AUGUUUCAAUUCUUAAGAUUUGAUUGGAGACGCCACGGGUGGGCAAUCUUCUAUUGUGGUGUAUCAGCAAUUGGCGCUCUUUGCUACGGCUACGAUAAUACCUACUUCAAUGGCGUCCUGGCAAUGCAACAAUUCAAAAAUGACUAUGCAACACAACGCAAUACAAGUGGCAACCUUGAACUGUCGUCCUCCUUUCAGGCAGUGACCGCCUCGGCUAUCUACAUCGGCGAUUUGCUAGGUGCAAUCAUUGCUGCACCUGUUAAUGAUCGCUGGGGUCGCAAAGCCACAUUCUGGCUGGCUUCAUUCUGUAUCUUGAUCGGCGGCAUCUGUCAAGUUGCGGAUACGAUUCAUGUGGAAGCGAUCAUCACUGUUGGGCGCAUUCUUAUGGGUCUUGGAGUCGGUCAAUUUACCGUGACAUCCUUGCUAUAUAUUGGCGAAGUUGCGCCCUCGGAAAUUCGUGGUCCAGCUUUGAUGAUGUUCCAAUUCCUUCAGUCUUGGUCACAAUUGAUUGCCUCGUGCAUCAACCAAGGCACAGAAAACCUCGAUAAUAAUUCACUGUCAUAUAAAAUCCCCAUGGGUGGCCUUGUCCUGUUGCCCUUGAUGAUGUUCGCUCUCUUGCCGCUCAUCCCGGAGAGUCCUACGUGGUACAUGUCCAAGAAUCGCCGAGAAGAUGCCGAGAAGAGCUUUCGAAAAAUCAACCGGAGUCAAGCCAAUUAUGACCCAACUGAUGAUCUGGCGCAAGCAGACAACGCCAAGCGCAUUGAAGAGCAACACUCUGAGUUUUCUUCGUGGAAAUCGUUGGUCACGGAUCCGGUUGAGAGAAGAAAAGUCAUGUUUUCAGCAGGUGCGAUGUUCAGCCAACAAGUCUGCGGUAUCCUGUUCUUCUACGUCUAUGGUGUGGUAUUUGUGCAGGAAAUUGGAGUCCAAGACCCAUUCCUUGUGCAGAUUGUCGUCAACGUGGUCCAAAUUGUCGCUGUUGGUGCUUCCGUCAUUACCGGUAACAAGACCCGCCGACGUGUGAAUCUUAUGGUUACCAGCUGCAUGAUGCUCGUAGCUUUCCUUGUGAUCGGAGGCAUCGGCACAAAGCCCUUGAUAACUGCAACACAAUACGUGAUUGUCGUCUUCUCAUUCGUCGUCGUCAUCGGAUUUAACUUCGGUCUAGGUCCGUUGGCCUAUACCGUUGCACGAGAGAUGGCCGUUGGCGUCAAUCAAAACAAGAUUAUGUCGACGAGCAUUGUUGUCUUCUAUUUUACUACUUGGCUCAUCUCUUUCACCGCGCCUUACCUCUACUAUGAUGCUGGACUUGGGCCAAUGGUUGGGUUUGUUUAUGCAGGCACCACCUGUCUCGCUCUGCUUUGGACUUGGUGCUGUGUUGGAGAAACGGCGGGUCGGACCAGCUUGGAGAUAUCUCUUUUCUUUACUGAAAAGAUCCCAGUACGAUUGUGGAGAACACAUGUUUUCCUAGCAGACUCCAUGGAUGAGUUGAAACUGGGCCACGAAAAGAAGUCAGAAGUAGAGCAUGAAGAGUUUGUGGUUUGA